UGGGAAGAGGCGGGCGCUCGCCUCCCCAUGGCCGCCGCGGUCCGGGUCUGAGCGGCGUCCACCCCGCGGUCCCGGGCCGCCCGGGCCAUGCGGCCUCCGCCGCUGUGGCUGCUGCCGCUGCUGCUCGGCGGCCUCGGCGCCGCUGCACCCCGGCUAGACUCUUUUUCCCAGCUUGCUGCACCUCAGCACCUGAAACUUCACCUGUACAAUAACGAGCAGAUUCUAAGUUGGGAGCCUUCACCCCCCAGCAACGACACAAGACCAGUGGUCUACCAGGUGGAGUUCAAAUAUGUUGGUGGUUCGUGGCAUAAGUUCACCGAAGUAAAUUGUACAGACAUCACGGUGACGAGGUGUGACUUCACCGGAGGAGGCCGCUCCAAGGGUUUCUCGGGUAUUUACUUCGUUAGCUUGAGAGUCCGAGCCAAGCAAGGAGAGCGCACCUCUAACUGGGUCACCCUGACUUGGUUUCAACGCUACUGUAAUGUUACUGUUGGGCCUCCGAAAAAUAUCUUGGUGAUCCCAGGAAAAGGCUCCCUCACCACCCACUUCUCACCCCCCUUCAAUGUGACGAAGGAAGCGGCUUUUGAGUACCGCGUCCAUUACUGGGAAAAAACAGGAGCCCCACAGGUGAGAGGCCCUUUCAAGGAGAGCUCCAUUGUGCUGAGUAACUUGAAGCCAUUCAGAGUAUACUGUCUACAAAUUGAGGCCCAACUGAUUGGGAGAGGCAAAAUCAUGUGUCAGCCUGGGCGUUCGUUAAGUAACGUAUCUUGCCACGAAACAGCAGCAGACGACACCACCGGGCUGCAAGUCAUCCUGAUCCCCGUGGGGACCUUUUCAUUGCUACUGGUGCUGACUGGGGCCUGCUUCUUCCUGUUCCUCAGAUACCAAGGCCGGGUGAAAUACUGGUUUCAAGCUCCACCAACCAUCCCGGGACAAAUAAAGGAGUAUUUAAAGGACCCAGACCAGCCCUUCUUAGAAGCCUUGGACAAGGACCAUUCCCCAAAGGAUGAUGCUUGGGACUCUGUGUCCAUCGUGUCCUCUCCAGAAAAGGAGCAGGAUGUGCUGAGAACACUGUGAUCCAGGCACGGUCCCUGCUUGCCCAGGAGGACAACGCGGGCUGCUGCUGCCAUUCGGCCUGGACUCUGCAGAGACCACCAGUGCCCUAGGGACUCCCGCCCGCCUCUGGAAGGCCUUUCAGGGGAAGAUGGCACACUGUUUAUUCUUUAUGAAGUUUCUGGAUCCUACAAGUAUCUAAAAUGAUUCCACAGAAAAAUAUCUCAGGAAAAAGGUUUCUCUUAAACACUAAAAAGGCAUACAAUCAUUUAUAGGCAGUACAGCUCCCAGGCCGUGAUGCCGUCUUCCUUGUUAGCUGCCCUGGCUGCCGAGGGCCUGGGGCCUCCCUUCGCUGUGGGAAAUGAGUUGUCCAGUCAUCCCAACCUGUCACCAAGAGGGGCCUGUAUGCAACUCUCCUGGGCUCACUGUCUGCCUAGCAUGGACAAGGUCCACUCCAGCACCUCACGCACAGCAGUGGUUAAUCCUGUAAAUAGUGUCACGAUAAUUUAAGUCGUUUUUUAAAACUAGAAAUAAAGCGUGUAUAUGGAACUUUUAAAAAA